AUGACUUUUCAACCCAAAGGCCUUUUGUCUCUUCCCUUGGAAGUUCUGUCGCCCAUAUGCGUCGAUGCCGCGCGGCAGGUUUAUCUAGACGCGUUCGAGCAGGCUCGCACCAAAUGUUUGUUGCAGGCACACCAUAUCGGUUCCGUGCCUCUCUAUUCAGACAUCGCAUGUCAGAGGAGUCGAGCUUUCAAGGGUAGUCUACGCCUCACUUGCAAGCAAGUUAACGCAGCCAUCGAGCGAGACAUGUUCCACCAUCUCACGCUGAAUCUCGACCGUGUGCGCGCUGCUUCCUCGCCACUACGUGAGAUGCUGGCGGCCAUCGCCUCUGGACUAUCACCCAUUUCGAUCUACGUCAGGGAACUCCUCAUAGAACCUCCAUACUGUUGCGCCUCUCACGAAACCGUCGAAGCCACUACGGCGGACUCGACACAUGCUCAGCUCGUACUCACUGCGCUCCGUCAGCUGAGAGCUCUGAGAUCGUUCACGUGGAAAUUCGGCGCAGAGUACUCUAAAGACGGACUGAAUGAGGCGAUAGCUGAGGCCCUCGGCUCGCUCCCGCACGUCGAAACCUGCCGAUUCUUGGUCACGUCGAGGAUCGUGGAGUUCCCAACUUUCCCCCUGUUCGCCAAUCUUCGCACACUCAUCUUUCGGAGCUGCCCCUCCAGGCCCACGAACCCACCCACCGUGCUAAGCUCUCAACUCGCUCGUAUCGUCGCGAAAUGCCCAAAGCUCGAGCAUCUGGUCGUUGACAUCCACGACGCACCAUACCGUGACGAGCAGAUCUUACCCACGUUCAGAGACAUUCUCUCGGAAUGCUCUGCGCAGAAGCCUCUCGCCAUACAACGUUUGGAGCUCACUGGAGUCACGGUCACUCUAGACGAGGUCACAGUCCCACACAUGCGCUCGCUGAAGACUUUGAAGAGCAACUUCUACGGAGCUCUACGUCCGCCAUCUGCACAGGCAGACUCCAUCCCGUUCCGUGACGCGGACGGGCUACAAAAUUUGGAACUCGACCGCAUCGAUGGAGGCCAGAAUCAUCUCAUACCGCCCUCUGGGCUGAGGCGUCUAGCACUAGGAUGGCUGCAUUGCCAACACGACGACGAUCGCCUUUCAGACCGAUUCUUUUCGACGGUCUUGCCAGGGCAUGCCGAGACAUUAGAGUCGCUGAGUAUUCUUCCCCAGGACGCGGGAGUGUGGUGUUAUAACGAGAAGAUGAUAUUAGGGAUUCAGCGCUGCACGAAAUUGAGAGAACUUGCUAUAAGCAUUGGCGAUAAAAGAAACGUGGAAGAGGACAUCGACGCUAUCCUCGACGCUGUGUCGUCCCUUCCUCAUCUAAAUGAGCUUCGCGUCUCCGUCGCUCUGGUAUCUUUUCUACGUAUACUCGAGCAAGACGCCCCGGAAACAGUCCUCAUGGACCGCCUUAUCGUACGCCUGCGGGAAUUCCGACGGCCUGCGGCCACUUCGGAAAAAAGCACUCCUCCUCACUACCCACCUUGCGUCUGCAUCGGUCGAAAGUGGCAUCGCCUUGAAGUCGUGGAGGAAAACGGAAAGGAGCUUUAUCGAUAUUCCAAGGUGGUGGUGUCGGAGAUUGAUGGAUUUUAUAGCUUGCGAAACAAUCGCUCAACGAAGUAG